AUGGAGGAGUAUAGGGAGUUGGAGAGAGAGAUGUGUGAGAAAAAAUUGGCCCCCAAUUUGCCUUAUGUGAAGAAGUUGUUUUUUGGUUGGUUUGAGCCUUUGAGGGAGGCAAUUGCUAAGGAACAGAGUACGCAGCGAACGAAGAAGCAAAAGGCAGCAUUUGCACCGUAUAUCGAUUCUUUGCCGGCUGAUAAGAUGGCAAUUAUUGUGAUGCAUAAGAUGAUGGCUUUGUUGAUGACUGUGCAAGAGGACAUGUCUGUUCGGGUUGUUCAAGCUGCGGUUUGGAUUGGUGUGGCAAUUGAGCAGGAGGUGAGUCUUGAAUUGUUCUGUAUAUGA